UGUUUACAACUCGAUCACUUCCUGUCUGCCAGUAGCUUUCGUACAUAGUAAGCUAACCGAAGAUAUUUGGGUGAUUCAAACUAAACUCUACAAGUCAGCCUCCAAGAUGGGAUGUGAUGGCGGAACGAUUCCUAAAAGACACGAGUUGGUGAAAGGCCCCAAAAAAGUGGAGAAGGUUGAUAAACAUGCCGAGUCGGCUGCCAAAUGGAAACACUGUGCCUUGAGCCAGGAAAUACUCAGACGCCCCAUUAUUGCUUGUGAUCUGGGAAGGCUCUUUAACAAAGAUGCCGUCAUUGAAUAUCUUCUGGAUAAGACUGCGGAGAGACCCAAUACUGAGGCUGUAACUCACAUCCGUGGGAUCAAGGAUAUAAAGGAACUGAACUUGACUGAUAACCCUGAGUGGAAGGGAGAGAGAAGAAAUACUAAAGGAGACGUAUAUGAAGAUAUCCAGUGCGGCAUUUUCAUUUGCCCUGUUGUUGGGUUGGAGAUGAAUGGAAAGCACAGGUUCUGUUACCUGCAGACCUGUGGCUGUGUCUUUUCUGACAGGGCACUGAAGGAGGUCAAGACAGAAAUCUGCCACAAGUGUGGCGAAGGGUUUAAAGCCGAGGACGUCGUUGUGCUCAAUGGCACUAAGGAGGAGGUGGGGAAGCUGAGAGAGAGGAUGGAAGAGAGGCGGGCCAAAGCCAAAACUAAGAAAUCCAAGAAGAGCAAAGCAGCUGAAACCGUGGCCACAUCGUCGGAGUCAAAAGAAGAGGCACAAGCUCCACAAGUGGAUCUAACGGAGAGCGCCCAGCCCAAUGGUGGAGAAAGCAGCCAGCCAGCUGUGGCCGGACCCUCCGACUCCUCGAAAGGCACCAAGUCUUUGACGUCGUCCACCGACAAAAGGUCCUUUCAGGAAAUGACGGAGAAGUCGGAGGUCUUCAAGUCCCUUUUCACCACCCACAGCUCUGCCAAGCGCACUAAAGACCAGACGUCCAACUGGGUCACCCACACCCCGUAUCACUUCUAGUAACCAUCACUCGGAGCAAAGAUCCCCAUUUUUAGAUUGUUCCAGAAACAGUGACCCAUUCAAGGCCCAUUACUGAUGAAGCUAGUUCUACACAUUACCCACAUGACCUCUAAUAAUGUCACCAAUGUGUGUACUCAUUCCCAGUGUGUCUCAUCAGUCCCCAGUAGCUCAGUGUUUAGGUGUUGUCAACAUUUUGUUAAUGGCUCCCCGAGCUGUUCAGCCUCUUUGUUUUGUAACCGUCCUCCCCGAUGGAUUCUCCAGCUUCACUGUGUUCCCAGUCACAGGUGCUCUGAGAAUUGAUGCUAUGGCGACUGUAUUAUCUCUGCUGCCUCCUAGUGGACAGGGUGCAGGUUUUCUUUUAUAGUGAUUUCAUCAGAGAUCAAAUUAAGUCGGAUCACAGGCUUAAUUUAAGGCAAAAAAAAUAAAUAAGGAAGUUAAAUCUCUACAUCUUUAAAGCAGGUCAUACUGUGUUUAUCUUUACUUAAUUGUUUCCCUUUUAUGAGCUCUGUCAGUGUGAGCUUGGCCACACUUUGUAUAACAUUUAGGGCAUUCAAUUAAUAUGUAUUCAUCACAUUGUUUUUGUUUUUCUUGAAAAGUGGGUUCAAUUGGGUUAACAACAUAAAGACAGUUUUAAGCAUCUUGCUUAUUUAUUUAAGCUUCUGAUGCUCAUAAAUCAACAACAUAGUG